AAUUUCAUCACGCGUAUAUAUACGCAGCAUUUAUUAUAACCGUAAAAGAAAAAUUUUCAGCAAAAAAUUUCAAAUAUCGAAAACAGAAACAAAAAUGUCAUCUCAAAUGAUUCGUCAAUUGGUACCGAUUAGUCGAAAUUUGUUCACUCGACGUUUGUUGAUGCCAAAUGUUUUCAUUAAACGUAACUUCCUUCCAUCAAGACGUGGAUAUGAUCCUUUUGCUGACAUUCAACGAUCAUUUGAUUCAUUUUUUCGUGAAAUGGAACGAUCAUUUUUUCCGACAAUGAAUCAGCUUCGAACACCAUUGAGUCGUGCUCUACCAAUGGAAACCAUUGAAGAUGGUCAACGAAUGUUUAAAAUCGAAAUUGAUUUACCUGAUUUUAAACCAGAAAAUGUAAAUGUUACAGAAAAAGGUGAAGUGAAAAUCGAUGCUAAAUGUGAAAUCACAGAUGGAUCUAGUAAACAAUUCAAACAAAUAAACUAUUCAUAUUCAUUGCCUGAUGAUGUUGAUUUGGAUCGUGUACGAUCAUUACUUAAAACCGAUGGUCGUUUAGUGAUUGAAGCACCAUUACCGGCAUUGGAAGCACCGAAAGAAAAUCGUGAAAUACCAAUCAAACGUGAAUAAAAAAAAAAAAAUGAAACAAUAACCGAUCACGAAAUCAGGAAAAAAAAUCAGACACAUAUGAUAGAAUCAUGAAAAUUUUUUUUUUCGUUGUAGAUAAAUAAUACUGUCAACCUUUAUACCUUUUUUUUUCUGUUGAAUCGUCAAUCUCUUUUUCUCAAUAAAAUUUUUAUUUUUCCCUAA